AGACUAUCUCAUUUCCAUCUACGCCUAUCCCUUCCCAGAUCAAUGGCACAUUUUAUGCAAAAUUACAGUUUAUUGUAGAAGCUAACAAUGUUAUAAAGGAAGAAAAAGAGCAAAAGAGCAGAAAUGUUUUAAACAUGCUAGGUGCACUGGGCAGCUAUUGGGGUCCUAUUUUCGGUCUUUACGUAUUGUUGUUUG